GACGAAUGUCUGGUGGUUGUUUUUGCUGGAAUGUGAGUAUUUGCUAGUUUUCCCAAUUUAGUGUAUUCUGUCUAUAUUAAUGUGUUGUUCCAAUUAGAAACAUUGUAGCUAGACUCUGUACCUAAUAGUAGAACUAACCUAUAGCAGAGCAACAGUAUUCAGUCAUGUGCAGAUGACUGGUAUUUAGCACAUGCAGUUUCUCAAAAACAAAAACACCUAAUAAAUUAUGCAGUUAUGCACAUAUUAGCUUUUACUAACCCGGAAACUAAGGAUCUGUGUCACAUUUCAAAAUAAAAGACUGGCUCUUUUUAAUGCAAAUGUGCAUUUUAACGCAAAGACGGGGAGGAAAACUACAACUAUGAAACACAGCGUCAGCUCCAUGUUAAUACUCAGUACGCAACUGAUGGGAUAGAUGAAUUCUAUUGUAAAACAGCGGCGAGGCGGUGAUAAAUACAUUGUAAUAAAAGUGGAAGCCGCAUCUUUACUAUUCUUUACUAACGUCAUGUUUUUAACCGGUCUAUUUACGCUUUGCCUCUCGCAGCAGCUCCUGUUACUCUUGACCUGGAAGCAGACGCGGACCGAGCCGCCGGUUCCGAGCGUGAUCGCACGCGCCGAUCUCCGGCCAUGAGCUGUGACGAGGACCCGUUUCCAGCCGACGACUGUCUGUUCGCGGAGACCUUUUCUCUGGACAGCGUUUACAGAUUGUUCGGGCAGGAGCUGAAGAUACGGCAGGUGUUCGGGGCCAACCUCGGCGUGGCCGCUCCGGUCUGGGACGCGGCGCUGCAGCUGUGCCGGUACCUGGGGGAGCGGUCCGUGGAGCUGGGGGGGAAGCGGGUCAUCGAGCUCGGAGCCGGUACCGGGGUCGUCGGGAUUCUGGCAGCACGGCUCGGAGCGGCGGUGACCCUCACAGACCUCCCUGUGGUUCUCCCGCAGCUUCAGGCCAACGUCGCAGCCAACGCGCCCCCUGGUGGCUGGCCGCGUCCUCCCACCGUCGUCCCUCUGUCCUGGGGUGAGGACCACGUGAACUUCCCUUCUGACUGGGACCUGGUCCUUUGUGCAGACAUCAUUUACCUCCCAGGCACGUACCCGCUACUUGUGGAGACGCUGACGCACCUGUGCAGGUCUGGUGCCGUGGCGUAUUUGUCGUCGAAGAUGCGCCAGGAGCACCGGACUCCAGCUUUCUACCAGGACUAUCUACCGAGCCGGUUUGAGGUUGACCUGCUGCACCGCGAUGACAAGCAGAACAUCAACAUCUACAGCGCUUCUCUAAGAACAGAGCAGUGUUCACACGACUAGUCCACCACCAAUACAGUUACUGAUGCAUUGAAAAGCAUUUAUUACAAGCACCAGUGAUGCUGCAAAAUCCAAUGUCACCUAUAAAAUAAAAAACGAUAAAAUGGGGUCUCUCUGAAACUGUAAUACUUUAUUUCAUGUGUCAAGAUGGAAUAUUUUUAGGUUCUUUUGUAUAACAAAACGUUUUAGUCUUGUUUUACACUCACUGGUCACUUUAUUGUGUACCUUUAUCUGUACCUAAUGUAAUAAAAUAUAAAUUUCAUCCCA